AUGGCCGUCGCAACACAAGUCCGGCCUUACAGGCGGAUUUUGACCUCCGCGCUGCAUAGGCGAUUCGUCCACGCCUCUGCGCUCUCGCUUCUUGUCUGUUAUUUUAUCUCGAUCGUCAUUGGCGACAAAACAUCGUUGUUCUGGACAUGGUUUCCCAUAGGACCCUGUGGGCUCCGUGCCGUCAUGAUUUUUCUUUCGGCCCUGCUCAUUUUCGUGCUUCGAGUCAGUCAGAUGCAUCUCGGCUCGAGGACGACACCGUCUCCGCUCAGCACUGCCAGAAACCUCUUUCCUCUUCAAAUCGCCUACACAUUCUGUUGUUACCUUUUUUCGGCUUGGUGGUUUACUGAGCUCUAUCUAUGGUCAUCUUCCAAGGAGGCGCAACUGGAUAUUGUGAAACGCGGCCGAUCACACGAGCGGCCAGUUCUGAAUGAGAGGCCAAUUUACAUCCAUGCCUUUCACCUGCUGCUGGCAUGCGCCCAAGCUUUCUUCCACCUUGUCUUCGACUACGAUCAAAUCUCUGUCCCCGUCAGACUACGAUCUACCGACCCCACCGACGAGCGUACACACCAAGUGGUUCCGACCUCUAAGUACAUCCGAAGCGCGUUCCCUCAAAAGAUUCAAAAUGCCAUCGGAUACACUACCAUGGUCGCUAUUGCGACCCCAUUUCUGUAUCUUCUCUUCUUGCGCCAGACUGCUUGGAGCUUGUCGCUGUACUUUGCGAAACUGUUCUGGAGUUUCUCUCGCUCGGCCGCGCAACCCGAUACGUUCUUUCCCCCAGCUUUUGGUGCUCUUAUUCUCCGGUCUUUCGUCUCGGGUUUCCUGUUGUGUCUCAGCUGGCAGUCCGCCAACCUGUUCUUCUCUAUUUUCUUGGGCAAGGAGCCACUGAAGCGUGGCCAGCCGCUCACGGCCGAUGCGAAAGACCCUAACGCAAGCUUACUAUCAGGCCUCAAGGCCAAGAAGCACAUUGUCAAGUCCUUCGCUUUAUGGGAAUUGGGUCUCAUCAGUCAGCGUCAGCCAGAUCGCCGAAAGGCAAUUUUCAGCGAGAUCGACCGCGAAGGUGGCUCGACGUGGCAUCAGAUUCUUGGUUGCGCCCAGGAAGAGAUUAUGGGUAUCACCAAGCGGAUCGAGGAGUACAAGGCACCCAAAUCCGCCUCCCUGCCUGUGGCCGGGAAGAAUGACCCCCAGCCAGAAUUGCGUACCUUGCCUCGCUUGGCAGACGCCCCCAAGGAUCAAAAUAUCUUUGCGACUGCCCCCAAGGCGACCUCUCGCCAUGAAAAGUUCGGGGAAGCUCUGGGCUCGACCGCCAAGGCGUACGGUCAGUCACCGGACUGGACACCUACCGCUCGGGCUCGUGCCCGUGAUGUAUUUGACAGGGCCUCGACCGCAAUGCUCAGUCCAGAGCGUAAGCAAAAGCUUCUUGCCUCGACUCAAGAGCUGAAACGACUUACUGGUGGUCCGUCUACCACCUACAAACCCGAGGAUGUGCACCCGAUCAUCGUCCAACUUCUGCAUUGGUGUCAGCCGCUGAGACAAACGUAUGCCCGACGGGCAACAAGCAUCGUUUGCGGAACUCCGGAUUCCUCCCUCAGCUCAAUUGUAGACGCCGUUGAUUCUUUGACGCGCUUGCUGAUUGCUAGUCUCAACGAGGACCAGUACGGCAAGGUGCAGGCGGAUGUCCCGUCGGUGAUCAACCUAUUCACCCAAACACUCAUGACCCUCGACGCUUUUGUCUACCAGGGAGGCUUGGAUGCACACUGGACGGACAUUGAAUUCCCGCCCUCAAGCAAUCCGGAGGCACAAGCCGAGGCGCGGAAGGUUCCUGAGAUCGAGUUAAUUCUCAAUACCUUGCAGAGUGGGUUGCGGGAUCUUCUUGAAGCGUUUAAGCCUUACCUUCGCGACGUCGGCGUGACUGGGAAGGACCUCCGCUUAGCGAGAGAGGCAGCUGAUCGGCAUUUCUGCUCGCCUAUUGUUGAUGCCGAGAAAGAAGCAGCACGACUAAAGGAGCAGAAGAUGGCCGCGGAAAUCGAGCGCGUCAAGAAAGAGUAUGAAGAGAAGCAGAAGCGCAAAAAGGAGCGUGAGAAGGAGUCCAAAAAGGACGAUAAAGGUGGUUCCAAAGAAAAGGACAACAAAGACUCUAAAGACGCCAAGGCCAGUGAAGAAAAGGAACGAGAUGAAAAGAUUGAUGCCAUCAAAAAAGGGAACGAAACGAAGCCUGAUGACAGUCAACGCGUUUUUGCACUUCACAAGACAUUCUACCAAAUGCGAAUCGAUAGGCUGAAGAGUAUCGAGAUGGCCAAACGUAACCAAGAACGGAUGAAAAACCCGUCCUUGUUUCCAUCUGUACCUUCGAAUGAUCUCUGA